CCCUCGCAUCCGGUGCCACGACUGUCCAGGGAAGCUGUACACUCCCGGUCCCGCCACCACGGUCGACAAUUUCGAAGUUCAUCUGAGAAACCGACAGCACAAAGAACGGGUGGAAGAAAGACUCGCCCGGAAUGCCGGUGCCGGAGGCAAUGCAUCAUAAAGUCAUGAGUCAAUGGUGAAUCGUUUUUUCUUUUCUUCCUUCCUCGCUUCUAACAUGAAUGUACACUUUUCCUUUUUUGUGGGGUUACCCAUCCUCAUUUUUUCCCUCCUUCUCUCCUUGUGUUUUUAUCAUCAUGGGAAAGCCACUCUCCACCUGGGUUGGUUACUUGAUCUUGUUGAUUGUGAUGUAUAUGAUUUUAAGCGACUUGAACGGUCUUGGAAGUUUUACCUCCUUCCUCCUGGUCUUUCGAUUGUUGAUUGUGUUUGAUACUCUUAAAUCAGCUUGGGUUAUGGUGUUCUCCCUCGGCUGAUCCUAUUACUACU